CCAAGCAGCAUGACGGAAGUGGUUCACAUAUGGUUAAAGCCGUCGAGUUUAUUGACCGACUGUGAGUGGCACUGAAUGGGGAGUCGCGUGACAGUGCUGUAUCUCAGAUCGAACGGUUCAACGCAGCAACGCUCUCUUGGGAGAACCGAAGUAUCGACUGAUUGAUGCUGUAGAGAUGUUGUCAAAGUAAACGAGUAUAGCGUUAUCUGAUCGCUCGCACCGGCCAGCGACACAGGAGUGAAUAUACACGCGAUAAUCAGGCUUACAGAGUCUUUUUCACCUUUCCAGUUCUGUUCUGAUUGGAAGGAUGACGCCGAAAGCACGAUGGCUUUCACCUAAUUCUAGAUAAUGGGUAAUGGUGCUUCGGCCAAAAAUAAAAACACAGCAAAUACAAAUUCUCAACCAGCUCGUAACCAAGCAACAACACCAAGAAGGGGAGGCAACAACUUCCAGGAAGUCCAGGUCCGGCCGGCGGACGACCACGUGACCCAGGACUACCGGGGCACGCCGCCACCGUUGACCAAUCAACAGUCGCCAACUCACAACAACAUGGCGCAGAGAGAACAAGGGGCGAACCUCGCCAAUCAAGUGGGAAAACGGAGAACGGAGGCUCACAAGAAUUCUCAAAAAGCCUUGGAGAUAAAUGAGAAAAAUCCAGAAAUUGGAAAGCAGUUGAAGCUUAAAUUGUCCGACUUGAAGUCGGGGGAGGAUAUCGUGUUCGAGACGUUCGAACAUGAAAGUGGCCGCGAGUACCAGUGUCUGUAUACAGGGGGGAUGCGCUUCUACCUGGACGACUGGCACUCCAAGGAGUGGCAGCCAUUCCCUGAGCGGUGGUACAAGCAGGGGAAACUCAACACCAACACUGUAUCCAAGGACAACCAGACUCGGAGAGGUCAGGGUGCCAGUACUUCAAGGGGAGGUAAUCAGCCUCAACCGGCGACCUCCAGUGUACCAAGAAACCGUGAUGACAGGGAAGGGGUCAUCGACCACCCACGGAGGGGGAGGAUCACCACGUAUAUGUUUAAUGAGAAGCAGUACAGCCACUGUUACUAUGACAAGGAAUCAGGGUCCUGGCUCCGGCUUCCGAUUGGCUGGGAGCUGCACCACGAGCUCAUCAAGAACAUGGUGGACCAAGUGGAGGAGGCGCUGCCUCACUGGAACGACCGUCUGGACAUCCUAGCGGCGCUCAGGGCCUGCAACUACAGCGCCGAUGAGUGCAUCUCCAUGUACUUCCACUUGGAGGGCGACGACUGGCUGAAGGUCCCCCGAACAUCCAAGGAGGCCCAGCACCAGGCUGACAGGGAGAUCCGGCUAGCGGUGCUGGAAAAGAAAGUCAGAGAACUGGAGAAGGACUUGCAGCAGGAGGAGAAGGGACGGAAAGAAGCAGAGGAACAGUUGAACAAACUGCAGGAACAGUACAGCACAAUAUCUGCUGAGGCCAAGAUCGCAACUACACAGGUUGAGGCGAUGCAGUCCUCGCGACCCAAGACAGCUCGACCAAAAACACCAAAGACCAGCAAGGGGCCACCUCCAGGAAGUCUCGGAAUAUUCAGUGAUGACUUGGACGAGUUGAACAACAAGGCGAAGAAUCUUCACAAGUCGCACGUGCACCUCAAGAUGGACGUGGAGCGCCACUUCGGGACUCUCGGAAAGAUGAUUAAAGAGGCGCUGUCAGCCGUGAGUCAGAUCAAGCACUCGGAGUCCGGCCAGAUGAAGGAGUUGGAGGAAGUGCGGGCUCUGUACCAGAAAGAGGCUCUCGAGAGGAAGUUGCUCUACAACCAGCUUCAAGAGCUUCGUGGGAAUAUCCGAGUGUUCUGCCGAGCGAGGAAAGAUACCCGCACCAAGUGCUGUCUGACGUUCCCAUCAGACCAGGACAUUACCAUCACUAGCAAGGACGGCUCGAAGAAGACGUUCAGCUACGACAAGGUGUUUGACACAGAGACGACUCAGGACCAGAUAUUUGAGGAUACGAAGGCCAUCGUCACUUCCUGUGUGGAUGGGUACAAUGUGUGUCUGAUGGCGUACGGUCAGACGGGCUCUGGGAAGACCUUCACAAUGAUGGGGCCAGAGAGUAACCCGGGGAUCAACAUCAGAGCUAUCACAGAGCUGUUGAAAGUGUGUAACGAGAGAGAGACGGUCACGUACGCACUCAAGGUGUCUCUCGUGGAAAUCUACAACGAAACUGUUGUUGACCUGCUGACGGCUGACGCCAAAACCGUGGAGCUGAAAUCAGCUGGGAACAACAUCCGCAUGCCGAACCUGACCGACCAUGAAGUGGCAGAGGUCAAGGACAUUAAGCACGUGAUGGCAAUGGGAGACAAGAACCGGACAACAGCUAGCACCAAGAUGAACUCAACCAGUUCCCGGUCCCACCUGGUGCUCCUGCUGAAUGUGGAGGGGACAGACAAGGUCACCGGGGCUGUAUCCCGAGGAGUCCUCACGUUGUGCGAUCUCGCUGGGUCCGAGAGAAUAUCAAAAACUGAGGCCCAAGGACAGAGACUGGUGGAGGCUGCUGCCAUCAAUAAAUCGUUAUCCGCUCUUGGGCAGGUGUUCUCAGCGCUAAGAUCCAGUCAACUACACGUGCCUUAUAGAAACUCGAAACUCACCCAGAUUCUUCGGCCAUCUCUAGGAGGAGAUGCCAAGGCAUGUCUAUUUGUCAACGUCAGCCCUGAUGCUAACAAUUACCCAGAAUCCUGUAACACUCUAGACUUCGGCUCCAAUGCUCGCCAGGUGGCGCUAGGCCAGGCUAAGCAGAACAUCUCCAAGAAAGCGCCAUAGAGACCACAGGAACAUGUUCAAAGAUCACGAGUCCUGAUAAUAGAUAAUUAAUUACAUAGAUCACCAUCAAGAGUGGCAAACAGGAAAUAACAAUUGUGUAAUUGUAUCAGUAUUUUUUACAUUUCUGUAAUAAUACUUGUAGUAUCAAUGUCAACUUCUGUUUGUAUCAUUUGUGGCUUUUUCCCUAUUAGUUAUGAACACAUUUAACAGUUAUAAUGUCAGGCCCAUGUGAUAACAAAUAUAUUACCAAUGAAUAUUUAUCCCCUGUGAUAACGGGUAUGUGACAAUGUGGCAAUUGUCUCAAGUGAUUAUUGAUGUGAUAAAGAACAGAUACUCACUCAUAAAAAAUAUGAAGGUGUAACUUUUUGAAGUCUAUACAGUGAUAUUAUUUCAUCCUGUGUGUUUAAAAAUCAAACUAUUCCUCCUAUGGCCACACUUUGCAGAGUUGCAUCCCUUAGGUGUACCAGGAUCCUGGGUUUCAAAUCCUAGAUUUGCCCUGAAUGAUCCGAGUUCGUCAGCAUCAUAUGCAUGCUUGUGGGUUUUGCCAAAGUGAUAAAUGUCUAAGACCUGCAUCACUUGGGGCUUUCCUCCCACAUCAAGCUGCCAUAACAUGAAUGAGAAUGUUUCUGGUGGCCUAAAUAACUCACUUACUCCUAAUUCCAAAUAUGCUGUAUCUGUGUCAGUCUACGGAGAGUGAUGGGGAUGUUGUGGCAUAUAUGUAAAGAUAUUUAAAAAUAUAUGUGAAGAAAAUAUUUUUAGUCACUUCAGAAUCAUAUCUUUUAAAUAAUGAAGUCCUAUUUGUCACUGUACACCCUUGCCAUAUAUGUGACAUUGACACAACUACCCAAACAUUAUUAGAAUAAUUAGAGCAAAACAGUAUAAUUUUCAAUAUAUUUUCAGUUAUAUCUUACCAUUCAGGAAAUGUGAUUCGACACAUCUUAGUUAUUAAAUCAUCAUGUAUGUCAACAUCUUCUUAGAGAAAGGGGAGGGUGCCAUAGCCUAGUGGUUGAGGUGUUUGCUUUACACACCUAAAUCCCAGUUUCAUCCUCUCACAGGUGUUCAAACCCAUUCCUGCUGUUCCCCACUGUGAUAUAGCAACCCUUCAUAGAACCAUACUUACACACUUUAAUAAGAAAUAAAUGUUUUCAUUGUCUGUAAAAUGACUGUUUUUUUAUUCAUAAUACAAAAUAUUAUGUGAAGUGCAAUUGACUUAUUGUGCCUUCCUUGCUUAGUCAUGCUUGUAUUUACUAGAAAGGCAACAUACUAUUUAGACAUUCCAUUUUACCAUUUGUUGAAGAAAUUAUUCAGAACAGAGAAUGUAUAUCCAAUAUGUUUAGAAGAUAUCCAGUGACAGACAUAAAUAAAUUUCGAUAGAUGCCAAAAUACUUACUAGGUCGUUAAGUUUAAUGAUUUAUGUUUUUUCCUGAAAAAGAUGAUGAUACUAGGUUAUAGGUUGUUUUCUUUGAAAUUUGUGGAUGUGGUAACUGUGAAUUGGUUGUCCAUGUGAGUAGUCGCUGUGUUUCCAAGGAAACAGGGCUUAUGAAGAUGGUUAAUUGUUAUUCUUUGCUCCGUCCUACACAACUACCUAUAUGCAAGCUGUGAUAUACUUACUAAUACUUCAUUAUUUAUAUUCCAUAUUUAUUUUUUCUAAUGUUCUAUUUCAUAUUUAGUCAUUUCAUACAUUUGUUACAAAUAUGUUGGUUCAACAACAGGAUUUCAUGUUUAUUUGAAAACGACUGAAUAAUGUCAAUGAUUGAAUGUCUUUGUAUAACAGAUGAUGUUAUUCUGGUAUCAAUUUCUGAAGUGUCUUGUUUCUAUUGACCACAGUAGAAUAUCAAAAGUGAGAACAAACAAAUCCACCCAGUGACAAAAUCACAAGCUUUAUGAUGAUGCCGCGUUAUUCAGGUAUAUUAGUGAUGUUUAUUAUGCAUGAGGGAUGAAAUAAUGUAUUUAUAUGGAGAGAACUAUAAUGGAUAUCUCACGAGAGUGAAAUCACAUGUAAUUUAGUCAAGUGAAAUCCCAACAUUAUGCCGGAACAACUUUCAGUCUGCUACAAUGACAACGGUUUUCAGAAACUAAAAGAUAUACAGAGCUUUGUCCUUUGUCAAAUACCAUUUUUAUCUCAUCUCAUGACCUGAAUUUUUCAUGACCUGUCAUUUCACUCAUGGCAGGCCACAUAUAUAUAUAACUUGUCAGGUCGCUUGAUGAGACAAAACAUGUUAUGUGGCAUGAAAAGCCAAAUAUUAUCCAUUUAUAAUUGAGAUGUUGACUAUAACAAGCAGCAAGUCAAACAGUACGUGUUCCAGUGUCUAAACAUAUUAGUAGUUUUUUUAGAAAUGGUAAAAGAACACCCAUAAGUUCUUAAAUCACCGAAAAAUAUUAUGAACAUCCACUUAUUUUCCAUAUACAUUAUUUUUCCUUUGAAAAGUUCAUUUAAGCAUUUGGUAACCAUCUACUUCUGCUAUGUCUGACCGUGCCUUCUGCUUUUGCAGUCCACAGUUAUGGAACUCUUUGCCUUUGAAUCUGAGAAACUCUGCUUCUAAGGAAACGUUUAAGUCUCUCCUCAAAACCCACUUCUUCACUUCAGCUUUUCAAUAGAUCUCCUGAUUGUUGGCAUAUGUACAUAGACAUUACAUUUUAACUCUGUCACAGCGCCAGUGAGCAACUGUCGAUGGAUAUUAGGCGCUUUACAAAUCAAUUAUUAUUAUUAUUAUUAUUAUGGUUACAGAUUUAAUCUCAAAAGUGAUGACUUGUUAAAGAAACAUAUUCUUCUGCUGCCCUGGUGCCUAAUGUAUGAAGUAAUAUAUUUUUUCUAAGAUUAUUUUUAUGUCAAUUUAUUGAUGAAGGACAUACCAAAUGGAGAUUUCUUUCCAAAAUUUAAGUUUAGCAAAUUGUGAAAUAUUAUUGUUCAUUCCAAUGCUGAUUGUUGAUAUUAUGUUUGCAUACGAGAAUAAUCGGUUGUGUUAAUCCCUCUCACCAGCAACACCAAAAAAGUCAACAGAGGGCAUAAACACAACUACACAAAUCCGUCCAGAUAUUAAUAGUGUUAUGCAUUCCAUUCUACCCAAGAGGGCUACACACAACAUGGAGGAUUUAGUAUUUCAUACAAUACCAUCAAAAUCUUAAGUUGUUUCUCAUUUCAAACACUUCUUCAAUUGUUGAUUCAAAAUGGAGGACACAAAGAAAUCCUUCUUUUGUAAUCAACAAACUAUCUGUGUCAGUUUUACAUGUUUUGGAUUAUGUAUUUACCAUUUUAUUUUGAUAUUAGGACUUUUAUUGUCCCUAUUCACAGUAAAGCCCAGGAAGUCUUGCAUAUUGCCUCCCUUGGUCAUGCCAGGAUCUGGCGAUCGAGGUUCAAAUCCCCAGACUUGUCACCAAUACAAGCAUGCCUGUACCAUGCAGAGGUAAAUGUCUCGGACCUGAAGCACUAUGGCUGACCUCCUUCAUUAAGCUGACAAACUAUGAUAUCACUGGAUACUGUUAAACCCACUCAUUAUGUGGAGAGUAACGGGAUCUGGUUGUCAGGCUUGCUGACUUAGUUGAUGCAUGUCAUCGUAUCCCAAAUGCGUAGAUCGAUGCUCAUGACGUCAAUCACUGGAUUGUCUGGUCCAGACUUGAUAUAUAUUUACAAUCCGCUAUCUUAUAGCUCGAAUAUUGCUGAGUGUGGUGUUAAUCAAAAAACAUUUUAGGAUGCAAUGCUUUGUUUCUUAAGGAUAUACCAUGCUCAUGAUACUCUAGAAUGUUACUCUGUUAAUGUCUUCAUUAGUUAAUUAUCUUAAACAAUGGUUGGUUUUUUUUUUUUUGUUUAACGCCGCACUCAGCAAUAUUCCAGCUAUAUGACGGCGGUUUGUAAAUCGAGUCUGGACCAGACAGUCUGGAUUUGGAUUCGAUGACAUACAUCAACCAAGUCAGCAAGUCUGACCACCUGUUCCGUUAGUCGCUUCAUAUGACAAGCAUAGUCGCCUUUUACGGCAAGCAUGGGUUGCUGAAGACCUAUUCUACCCGGGAUGUCCACGGGUCUCUUAAACAAUGACAUACACCAAUACUAAACAAUUCAAGUUGUAUCAGUACGAGGGCCGAAAUAUUGCAUGAUGUACAAUAGAUCCCUGCUCACUAGUGUUUGUCAACUUAAUGAGGGUCGGUUGUUGACAGUGGCUGAUGGGUAAGGGAGGCGAACUCCAUUGAGCACAGCGGACUGGUUUGUCUGGUCCACAUUGGAUGGCUUUGAAGACUCCAGCAAAAAUAACCAUUCACACACUCAUGCAAUGAGUUAUUGGAAGUCACCUGUUAUUUAUGUAGUCAUGACACAGGCUAUUGCUGCCUCCAGGAAUCAUGUGUAUGAACCUCUCUAGACUGCACUGUUUGUGUUUAAAACAUAUUUAUUUUGUAGAAAUCUUGCCAUGCAUUAACUGACGUGUAUCAUGUUUUGUAACCUGCUUUGUGUCGCAUAGCGGUUGACAUUGUUUUCUUGAUGACUUGGUUUACAUAUAUAUUCUUAGGUAUCUCAGGAGUCAGUGGUCGAAAUGAUUAUGAAGCACAAAAAAAAUUUAUCUAAUGAUAUCUUGAAAGUAUUGUCAAUCAGGUGAAAAUAAAAAUAAUGUGUUCUGUGAAAGUCAAGACAAAGGGAUACUUCAUUCCUAACAAACCAUGCAGUAUUUUUCACAAAUGAAAUUAGAUAACAGACUCUUCAGGAUUAUAAACAUUUUAAUGUGUACACAUGUAUUUUGCCGGCCACUGCUCCUCCAUGCUUGUUUGAUGCAACUAAUACUGUCGCACGUGACAGCGUUACUUUUGUAUCAAAAGGCGAUAAAGGUGAACAAAAUGCAAGUUGGAGACCCAACAUAAAAAAUUGCUUGAUAAGAAAAGUUGCAUAAUGCCAUGCAGAACCAUACACCCAGUAAUUAAACAUGUACAAUGUCUGAACUAUUGUUUCUGUUGUUAUUGAACUACAACAAAGUCAUUGAGGGAAGCAGAAGGUUUAGUGAGGGGAAGAAUAAGGUCACUCUAUACCGUGUACGUAUUACACAAUACCUUAUGGUCUCAUUUUCAUUUCGUAUUCAUUUCAAAGUAGUUUUAAUGUGUUGUUCUUUUUCAAUGCAGAAAUGAAUUAUAGUAGGAAAUGAAUAGAAACCAUUUUGGUAUCAGAUGUAUUCACUACAUAUACAGAGGAAAGCUGCCCUCAAACAUACUAUUUUCCUGUAUAUUAUAUAUCUGUAUAUAAAUGUAUAUCUCCAUGGCUACCGCUAUGCUAUUUCUGUGAUGCAUUACCUCUAUUCUCCAAUCAGUUGGAUUAUCUAACUGUGAUAUGUAUGUUUUUUUCAUCUGUAUCAAAUCCUCAUUUUUGCAUCAUCAAACAAACUACAACAAUUGGUCAGGUGGCCUAGUGGUUAGUGCAUUUGCUUGCUUACAGUUUUUGAUGUGAUGUGUGUAUCAAUUUUCAUGAGACUGGUACCAUCUUCAUUGAUCCAGGGUAUUAUAUCUCCAUUCUGUUAAGAUAAAUACCCUGGACCAAUUUGCCCCCUUCACAUUUCUCAUCUCUAAAUCACUGCAUUGUUUGGUCCAGGCUUGAUUAUUAACAGACUGCUGUCAUAUAGAUGGAAUAUUGCUGACGGGGCGUUAAACAACAAACAAAGGACAGAAUAUAUUCUUGUUCAUGAGAUUUAUGUGAUUGAAGGCUGAUUUUUAGCACUGUUCCCUGUGAUAUUUGGCUCAGUAUGGAACGAUGACGAAUAAAUUAAUUCCCUGGAUAAUAGAGGAUGGACUCAUACAGCCAUCUGUGCAACAUCCAACACGUGUGAUAAGAUAGCAUGUAACUCUGGAAGGUUACUGUGUGUUGGAAUGGUAGUGGACAAUAAGCGCCCCCUCAGCAACUUCUCGAUCAAUCCCUUAGUAAGCUAAGCCUUAUAUAAGCGCUCCCUAUAAGAUUUAUACAAUUGACAUGACAGUCCAUAUCUUGUGUAUAUUGCACCUCUGUUACAGAACACAGCAGUGCAGAAGGGUCAAAUACUUGCCAAGUGACUAUAUGAUUGUGGCUGUUAACCUUCUAGCACCUCACUGGCAGCUUGGGUUGUAUACUCCCCAGGGAGCUGAGAAUGAAAAAAAUCGAGUGCACUGGCCAGGGUAAUAAUGUUAGCGCUUUGAACAUAUACCUCAUAUAAGGAGUUUAGUAUUAGUACAAAUUAUUAUUAUUAUUAUUAUUAUUAUUAUUAUAAUUAAAACGUUUUGGUUUGAUCAUGCUUGAACUGAAUUUGUUCUCUCCAACUCAGUCUCUGACAACACAUUUGACUUGUUGUGAAUGGUUUUAAUAAGCGCCUCCCCUUGUCAAUUUCCUAAGUGUCUGGGCUGUUAUUACAGUAAAUAUUGUCCUUGUGUGAAUAAUGUACCAUGUUGCCCAGGGCUUGUAGAAGGAAUAGUCAGUGUUGCCGUCUGAAGGAAAUCUGUCUCACUUCCCUGUUUAUUGUGUGCUUCUGGAAGUGUUGAUGCUCUGAUUUCCGCCACUUCCCUGUUUAUUGUGUGCUUCUGGAAGUGUUGAUGUUCUGAUGUCCGCCACCACUGCUAGCUGUGCCUCUUGUGUGACACACAGAGCACCGUCCAUCACUGUCUGUGACUGUAGAAUAAAACAUGUUUUACUG